UGAUGUGCGUCUUUCAGGCGACGCUUGCCAGCGUGACGUAUAAUCUAGUGGACGGUUCUUCAUAAACAUCUCGUCAACCACCUCAGCUUGCUAGCCAACUUAGCCGAAAGAUUCAUGCUAUUUAUACGCUUUCGGUGUAUAUUAGCUAUUGUGUUUUCGACACACUUAGGUCGUAUCUACUUGUUAACCUAUUUAAUUUUACGUUAUUUUGUAUUAGUCAGCUAUAGUAGCUGGCUGGUUAAAUUAGUACUAGCCUAGUCGCUAAUGAUUGCUAGCUAACACCCCCGACCAUGAGCUCCCUAAACUACUCUCCUCCUGUUAAAGAAGAGGUGGUCUGCUGGUCGGAGAAAGAAGCUCUGGCGCUGAACAUUGUCGUGAAAUAGGAGGAGGAAGAAGAGGAUAUCACAGUAAAAAUAGAAGUAGAUGGUGAGGCUGUUACAGUGAAAGAAGAAGAGAAAGACGUUUCAGUGAAAUAAGAGGAAGAUGCGUUCAGAGUGAAAGAGGAGGAUGUUACAGUAAAAGAAGAGGAGGAUGAGAAAGAGGAGGGUGCGGUUUUUGGAGUGACGGAGGAGGAGAUGACUGUCACAUUGGAGGAAGGAGAGGAGGUUGGAGAUCUAGUUAACACUUGAGAGAGACGGGACUAUUGUGGAUCCUCUGGGGAGCCUCAACAACAUCAUGAUGCUGACGAGGCAGAGAAGAGUCUCUCCAGAUCAGAACACCUCAACAAACACCUGCAGAGAUCCACAGGGAAUAAAUCUCAUUCCUGCUCUGACUAUGGGAAGAGAUUCACCUCCUCAUCAGAGAAUACACACAAGGGAGAAAUGUUUUAGCUGUCCUCAAUGUGGGAUGAGUUUUACUCGGUCAUCCAGCCUGAUAUCACACCAGAGAACGCACACAGGAAAGAAAUCUUAUAUCUGUGCUCAAUGUGGGAAGCGUUUUGAUCUAGUGUUCUGACAGUGCACCAGAGAAUACACACAGGAGAGAAAUCCUAUAGCUGUACUCAAUGUGAGAAGAGUUUUACUCGGUCAUCCAGCCUGAUAUCACACCAGGGAAUUCACACAGGAGAGAUAUCUUAUAUCUGUGAUCAAUGUGGGCAGCUGAAUGUACACCAGAGAACACACACAGGAGAGAAAUAUGAUAUCUGUUAUCAAUGUGGGAACAGUUUUGGUAGAUCUGGGCAGCUGACUGUACACCAGAGAACACACACAGGAGAGAAAUCUUAUAGCUGUGAUCAAUGUGGGAAGAGUUUUGGUCGAGCUGGGCAGCUGACUUUUCACCAGAGAACACACACAGGAGAGAAAUCUCAUAGCUGUGCCCAGAGAUAAUCUGAUAAAAGAUCUCUGAUCACAUAUUAGAAAAUACAUACAUGAAGGAGAAAUUAAUGUCACAAUGUAGAAUGUUUUAACAUUGUAGAAGGAGUAUUUUAAUGACGUCACAUUGUAGAACCAUAAAUGGUUGUCCCCUUUUUUCUAUUGAUUUCAACAUGAUAUGGAUAUCCAGGCUCCGAAUUGAAUGUAUUAUUUAUGAAAUUCAACAAAAAGUGUUUAACAAAAAAAGAGUUGCGUUACACUUACCACGUUGGUGACCCACUUGAAUCAAAAUGCAACACUUCAAAACGUAGCGAGCUGUUUUCUACAAAUUGUCCUCUAACCAGUGAUGUGCACAUUAUUCCCAGAUUCUGUGUGGUUUUUGAGCCGUUAGUUUUAACAGGACAUGCAAUCUCAUCUCCCCCUUUUUUCGUGCAAUUGAUUUCAACUUGAUAUCGAUAAGUGAUGACAAAUAAGUGUUGUGUUCCUUUGUUUAGUGACCCCUACAUUUAAAUGCAUCACUCCAACAUGUAGCUGAAUGUCUUCUGCAGGUUGUCCUCUAACCAGUGAGGUAAAAGAUAUCUCUCAUUUCCAUGUGUUUUGUUUAGUUAUGUUAGUUUCAACAGCACAUAAUCCUGAUUUUCCCCACUAAUUGAUAUCAGUGAUUUAUUGCUACUUGUCAAAACAAGUGUUUCUGAUUCUUGUGCAGUUUAUAAGGAGCUUGUUUAAAAAAUACAAGUAAUAUGAUUAUUGUGGCAGGUGUUUGUGUAUAUGGGACGGCAGGGUAGCGUAGUGGUUAGAGCAUUGGGCUAGUAACCGAAAGGUUGCAAGUUCAAAUCCCCGAGCUGACUUGGUACAAAUCUGUCAUUCUCCCCCUGAACAAGGCAGUUAACCCACUGUUCCUAGGCUGUCAAUAAUAAUUUGUUCUUAACUAACUUGCCUAGUUACAUAAAUAAUAUGUUUAUGUUUUCAAUUUAUCACAAACUGUUUCUGCAUAUUGGUUAUUGAUUUGGACACGUUAAAACUGUUUUGACAUUGGGACCAUCCCACCGAGCAAAAUGUCAUGAGACAGAAAACUUUGGCCGACGUCCAAAAUACGUCCAGUUUUGGUUGAAAAUACGUAUUUUUCAGGUUGAUUCAACUACUUGAAAACAACUUGAUUUAAAUGUCUAUGAACAAUUUUGCUAACAAUCCUACAAAAUUCCAGUAUUUCUUUACAACAUUCAAAUGCUAUUGUCUUUAUUCCACGACUGAAGAAGCAUGACUCAAAUCACCGACUCAUAUUUCAAACAUUCAGCCUGACAAAAUAUGCAUGUUUUAUUAUUCCAUGCCUCACCAUGAAGUGAAUUAUUGACACAAAUGUCAUUGAAAAGUAGACUAUGCAUGACCUCCAAUAUUCAUUCGGUUGUAGUUGAAAAUAUGUAUUUUCGGGUCAUUUUUUAAAUUAUUUAAAACAAUGUAAUUUCAACGUACUUUCAGUAGCCGAGUGGUUAGAGCGUAACCGAAAGGUUGCUGGAUCGAAUCCCCGAGCUGACAAAAGGUAAAAAUAUGUUGUUCAGCUCCUGAAUAGGGCAGUUAGUCCACUGUUCCUAGGCUGUCAUUGUAGAUAAGAAUUUGUUCUUAACGGACUUGCCAAGUUAAAUAAAAAGUGGACUAGAGUUCUUGAAGCUAGUGAGUUUCCUGAUUCUAUAAAGAAAAAUGUGAAAAAAUAAUACUAUUGUAUAUUAUUAUUUAGAAGUACGUGUUUUUAAUUGUUGACAGCCAGUAGACACCAUGUUUAUAUUAGUGAAGGUGAAGCAUUGUAGUUGAUUAUAAUGUGAAAUGGAAGUUGUUUUCUGUUGGUUAGCAAACUUGUCCAACAAAAAUAUAGUAUAUAUUUGUUGUCUAAAGGGGAAAGUGUUACAGGCGUUGGUUUUUCCAUUUGUUUUGAGGUUGGACUUUAGCACGUAGGAAAGGGGGAUACCUAGUCAGUUGUAUAACUGAAUGCAUUCAACUGAAAUGUGUCUUCAGUGCACUGAUUGGUGUCACCUCGUUAGUCAGUAUGUGUUACACCUGUGCUGGCUUGUCCAUCUCGUUAGUGGGAAGGUGUUUCACAUGAGCUGGUCCAGGUUCUAUUUAAGAGUGUCUGGCCCAGUGCUCCAUUUGUCUUGAUAGAUGUGGAGAGUCAACACCUUUAGUUUGCUCCACCGUUUCCUAUUAAAGAUGUUUUUCAUUUCAGGUUGAAGCUUCUUUCUGAAGAGAGCUUAUUUUUUAAAAUGAAUCAAUACAAGCAAACAAGAUCGUUUCCGGGGAUUGGUAUGGCAAAUACCUUACGAUUUGCCUGGACUGAAAAGGAGAUGGAGCCGUGGAGUAGAGAGACAUUUGGAAGGACCAUUUUGAUGGGAUGCCUCAGGAUAGAGGUGAAGGAAGUGCUCUGCCUUCAAGGGAACCCGAAUGAGAAGGCUUUCGAUGUGACGUUUCACAAAGAACAAAAACAUGACGAAGUAAUGAAGAUGGCAAAGGAAGCGGAGAAAAAGGGACCCCUGUGCCAUUAUGCGGUGACCAGCCUGGCAAAGAACAACUUCAGGGUGGUCACCGUAACCAUGUACAAUCCGCACGUGAAGGACGAAGAAGUGAGGGCCUUUCUGGGGAGGUACAUGGACAAUGUCUCUUCAGCGAGGUACCUCAGGGACUCCCUGGGUUUCUGGAAUGGGAAGAGAGGCUUCCAGGCGUUACUCAGGGAGUCCCCGAAGAGUGUGGAUGGCUACCUCCAUCCUCCGGCGAUGUUCUCCCUGGGGGCUGACAGGGGAACACUCUACUAUGCACGUCAGCCCCCGUUCUGCAGGCGUUGUAUGGCCUAUGGCCAUAUCCUGGCCACGAGCAGCGCCAAGAGGUGUCGGUUUUGUGGGUCGGAAGAGCACGAGGCCAGGGAGUGUGACGAGCCCAAGGCUUGCCACGGGUGUGGCUCAAGAGCACACCUGUGGCGUGAUUGCCCGUCUCGUCACAGGUCAUACGCGUCUGCAGCUGGGGGAGGAGCGGGGGAUGGGGGGAGGAAAGAGAGGACGCAUGCGGAUUGUACGGAUGGCACAGGGGAAAGGACGGAGAAGGACGAAGAAGGGAAGAAGGAAGAGGCGAAAAGAAAGAGGAGUGAAGAUGGAAAGAAGGAAAAAGAAGGAGAGAAGAAAAAGAAGGCGGAAGAACAGGAAGGAGCGGAGAAGAGGGAGAGUGGGACAGUGGUGCGAGAAGGAGUGGAAGAGGGAGUGGUGACAGUGACGGGGACGGAGGGAGUGGAUGACUCCAGUGAGGGGUCGGUGGGCUGUUUGCUAGAGGGAUCCCAACUCCUGUUUGAGGAGAUGGGGUCCCCUACAUGCAGCCCCGAGGCAAACGGGGAGGGGGGGGUGGUGGGUGGGGAGGGAGGACCCAACACACUGCCUGGGUCAUGGGUUGGGAUGGAGGACGGGGGGGCGUCAGGAGAUGAGAGGACGUCCCCGCCGGUGGAGAUGGACCAGGGGAGCAUCGGGUGA